AUGACGCUGGUGGAGCAACUGCAGAAUCUCUCCGUCCCCUUCUACCGCGCGCUAUCCCGCGCGGCCCUGGGGAAGCGGCCGGUCCCCGCGCUGCCGCUGUUCGUGCUGGCGGUGGUGCUCUCGCUCGCCGUGUGGGCCGCGCCAUGGCUCACCGUCCCCUCCGACAUGCUAGUGUCUCCCGGCCCCACGUCCGCGGAGCUGUACGAGGCAUGGGCGCAGCUCUUCGCGCUCGACUCGCCCUUCCCCCCGUCCAUCAUCACCAUGCGCGCAUCGCUCCCCCCCCCGCCCCACCUGGAGGACUGCGCCGUGCGCACUGCCUUCCGCCUCGCCACUGAGCGCAUAGGGGGAGGAGGGACAGGCGAGGAAUGGGGAAAGGGGGAGGGGGAGGGGGAGAGGGAGGGGGAGGGGGAGGGGGAGGGGGAGGGGGAGGGGGAGGGCGAAGCUCCGGAGUGGGCGCGGGCGACUGCGGCGUGUGGCAAUGUGCCGCAGCCCCCAUGGGUGCGGGGGGCGGACGCGGCGAAUCUGGGGAGCACGCGGGAGGUGCAGAGGGACCUGUGGGCGCACCAGUUCCCCCCCGGGCCGUUGGUGAAUGAGUCGGGGUCGUUACACUGCUACUUCUUCCGCUCGGUGUCGCCUGCCUGUGAGGCAGCAGCCAUGCAGCAGUACCUCACUGCCGGCUCGCCCCCUUGCCACCCGCUCUCCCACCUCGCCGAUGCUGUUGCCUCCAACGACUCCCUCGUCUGUGCCCUUGCCACCCUCGAUCCCUCCUCUCGCUCACACUCCGAUGCUGCUAGCCUUCUUUCAUGCCCUCAUGCUGCGCUGCCUCCCAGCAGGACGUGGGGCGAUGCAUACAAGCAGCGGCCUUACCUGGUGGAGGAGAGGGGCGUCAUGGUCAACGCCACACAGGAACACAUGCAGGUCACACUGGGAGCACCAAGAGGCUCUGGCAGCGGAACUUGUCACUUGUGCAAGCUGUUGUUCAUCUUUGUUCCUUGUCUCCACUCACUCCCUCAUCACCUCCCCGACACAUCUCUCCCCAACAUAUGCCUACUGGUGUCAGGCGCCUUUCUCAGCCCUUAUCAUUCCUUCUUCCCUUCUCCCCCACCCGUGCAACCCCAAUCCUCCCCCCCACAUCUCCCCUCCUCCCUUUCCGUCCCCCAGGCCUACUGGUGGCAGGCACAGGCACUGCGCUUCCUGCUGCGCUGGCCCUCCGCGCUGCUGUGCCACGCCACCAACCGCAUGCGCCACUCCGCGUACGGGCUGCAAACCGCGCAGCAUUCAGCAGAGUACAUGACAGAGCAGCGCGAGAUAGUGGCGGCUCUCCGCUCCGACCCGCCCGACCCAAACCCCGGGGUGCACUUGCAGGAAGAACCUGCUCUUCUGUCCGCAUUUGACUACACCAAACACCCGAACCUGGAAACAGAAGUGUGGCCUGGGCUGGGAUUCGCGGGGUGUGGAUAUGCUUCAGAGGGUGGGAGUGCGGGUGAGGAGCGAGGAGGACGUGAGGGGAGAGCGGAGAGGGUGGGAAGAUCAGGCGGAGAUGGAUGGACUAUUGGACCUUGGACUGUUGGUGAUUGGAAACUUGGACCGUGGACGAUUGGAGCAGCUGAGGAGGAGGAUGUUGGCGAGGAGAAGCCGCAGGCGUUGGUGACGUAUGAGAGGGUGGGCAGGGAGGUGGGCAUGCCGCGGCCGGUGGUGAGCAGCAGGUGGGCGGCGGGGCGGAUGCGCUGCUGCCACUGCUCUCGCUGGCCUACCGCCUGCGCCGCCUCGACCCCACGCUCACUUUCGCCUGGCUCUCCUCCGACCACCCGGUACGCCCGCCUCUCCACACACCACUUCGUACGUGCGCCUCCCCGCACACCACCUCGUAAGGGCGGGUGCACUUGGGGGAGGGAAGAGAUGUUUGGCGUAAACUCGCCUGCCUCACUGCAGAGCACCUAA